AUGUUGAACUCGAAUCUGAUGGACACCUUAAAGAAGGAAAGCAUUGACGUGGCGAUAGUCUACGCUGGAAAUCCUUGUCAACUUGCAAUCACACAUGUUUUAGCGAUACCGCCAUGGAACACCUCUAUUGAGUCUGCUAGAGAUGGCCUGAUCGUGGUCAGCCUCGGAACCCAAGCGAAUCACGCCUACAUGACGGAGCCGCAGGUAAAAGCCAUAUUAGGAGCGCUGUCAAAGCUCACUAGCUACCGUAUUUACUGGCGAAUCGGACACAAGGUGCAACUGAGGAAUGUGAGCGAGGAAAAUGUGCCAAGUCAUAUCAACCUCACCGCCUUCAUCCCACAGAAUGACCUCCUUGGUUGGUCAACCUCAACAAAUCCUUGCAAACUACUGGUAACGAAUGGAGGAAUGUCAUCAAUUAUGGAGGCUGUGGCUCACGGAGUACCGAUUGUUGGAAUUCCGCUUUAUGGAAGCAACAGCAUUAUACUUGAAGAAAGUCUCUUUGUGAGAAAGGGACUUGGUUUAAUGGUCAACAAAAAGGAGUUACGAGAAGAUAGACUAUUGAGCGCAAUGAAAUCGGUGCUCCAAGGUAGCAAGUAUACAAAGGUAGCAAAAGAAAUGUCUAAGGACUUCCGUGCUCGUCCGUCGACCCCAUUCGAAACAGCUCUACACUAUAUAGAACUUGUUGGUCGUCACCGCGGUUCAGGCUUUGACGGUGUUGCAGCUUGUGAUCUCUCCUACUCUUAA